CAAGGACCUCGCCCCCAAGGACCUCCGAAGAGGCGGGAUUUCUCCGGGAAGGGGAAGCAGGAUUUUGUUGUGUGACUUGGAGAUGAGGCAGGUAUCUGGAGUGGGGCUCCUCUUGGGGCUGAUGGCUCUCCCAGUGGCGCUGGGACAGAGAAGCUCGGAAAGCGCUAAAAAUAGCAACCAAAGCUUUGCCAUCGUCUCUUUCAAAUGGGAUCACGUCAAGGAGCCUUAUAUCAUUGCACUCUGGAUACUUGUGGCCAGCUUGGCCAAAAUCGUUUUCCAUUUGUCCCACAAAGUCACUCGAGUGGUUCCAGAAAGUGCUCUGCUGAUUGUCCUCGGUAUUGUUCUUGGUGGCAUUGUAUUGGCAGCAGAUCACAUUGCCUCCUUCACCCUGACACCAACUGUAUUUUUCUUCUAUUUGCUGCCCCCCAUUGUUUUGGAUGCUGGAUAUUUUAUGCCAAAUAGAUUGUUCUUUGGAAAUCUUGGCACAAUCCUUUUGUAUGCUGUCAUUGGGACAAUUUGGAAUGCUGCCACAACUGGUUUAUCUCUCUAUGGUGUCUAUCUGACAGGAAUAAUGGGCAAACUGAACUCUGGAGUGCUGGACUUCCUCCUCUUUGGCAGCUUAAUUGCUGCUGUGGAUCCUGUAGCUGUUCUGGCAGUGUUUGAAGAAGUCCAUGUCAAUGAAGUUCUAUUCAUCAUUGUUUUUGGAGAAUCACUUCUGAAUGAUGCUGUAACUGUGGUCCUGUACAAUGUGUUUGAAACUUUCGUUGCAAUAGGUCCAACGAAUGUGACAGGAAUUGAAUGUCUCAAAGGCAUAGUGUCGUUCUUUGUGGUGAGCCUUGGCGGGACACUGGUUGGCAUUUUCUUUGCAUUCCUGCUCUCACUGGUCAGUCGUUUCACCAAGCACGUGAGAAUCAUUGAACCUGGAUUUGUGUUUAUCAUUUCCUACCUGUCCUACCUCACAGCAGAGAUGCUAUCUCUUUCAGCUAUCCUGGCGAUAACCUUCUGUGGCAUUUGCUGUCAGAAAUAUGUCAAAGCUAACAUAUCUGAACAGUCUUCUACAACUGUAAGAUAUACCAUGAAAAUGAUGGCCAGUGGAGCAGAAACUAUUAUCUUCAUGUUCCUGGGAAUUUCAGCUGUAAAUCCAGAUAUCUGGAUGUGGAAUACAGCUUUUAUUCUGUUGACUCUGGUCUUCAUCUCAGUAUAUAGAGUUAUUGGUGUAGUUUUACAGACAUGGAUUCUCAACCGCUACAGAACGGUCCAGUUGGAGAUAAUAGACCAGGUGGUGAUGUCCUAUGGUGGACUACGUGGAGCAGUUGCUUUUGCUCUUGUUGCACUUCUGGAUAAGGACAAAGUGCAUGACAAAAACCUGUUUGUCAGCACAACUAUCAUUGUUGUGUUUUUUACUGUUAUUUUCCAGGGACUAACUAUCAAGCCUUUGGUACAGUGGCUGAAAGUGAAGAAAACUGAACACAGAGAGCCAAAACUGAAUGAGAAACUUCAUGGCAGAGCCUUUGAUCACAUUCUUUCUGCUAUAGAAGACAUUUCUGGACAAAUAGGCCAUCAUUAUCUGAGAGACAAGUGGUCCAAUUUUGAUAGGAAAUUCCUCAGAAAAAUACUGAUGAGAAGGUCUGCUCAAAAAUCAAGAGACCAAAUCCUUAAUGUUUUCCAUGAACUCAACUUGAAGGAUGCAAUUAGCUAUGUGGCUGAGGGAGAACGUAGAGGUUCGUUGGCAUUUAUACGUUCUCCAAGCACAGACAACAUGGUGAAUGUGGAUUUCAGCAGCCCACUUCCAAGUACUGUGGAAAGCUCUGUCUCUUAUUUACUGAGAGAAAAAGCUGGACCAGUUUGCCUCGACAUGCAAGCUUUAGAGCAGAGGAGGAAAAGUAUCCGGGACACAGAAGAUACACUUGCUCAUCACACCCUACAACAGUACCUGUAUAAACCCAGGCAGGAGCACAAACACCUGUACAGUCGACAUGAGAUCAUGCACAGUGAAGAUGAUAAACAAGACAAGGAGAUUUUCCAUAGGACAAUGAGGAAGCGCUUAGAAUCUUUCAAGAGUACCAAACUAGGAAUAAACCAUCCCAAGAAGCUCAAUAAAAUCCACAAGCGAGACCGGGGCCAAAAAAGGAGGAACAGCAGUGUCAUACCAAAUGGAACCAUUCCUUCAGAAAAUCCAGUACAAGAUUUUACUUUGAAGGAAAAAGAUUUGGAGUUUUCUGAAUCAGAAGAAAAUAAUGAUUAUGAGACUUUGCAUCUGGGCAAAGGAGUUGAUUUCCUGGCUAAUGUGACGCAACAAAAUUUCACAGAUAAUCCUGCCGGUGAUAUGGACCAUGAUGUUGAAAUGACAGAAUACUCCUCUUCAGAUGAUCAACUAAACCAAAAUGGAAGUGUUUCAGUGAAUCCCCUCCACUUCUUCCCCUCUUGUCUUCAAAUGCCUUGGACCCAAAACUAUUCUUCAUUGGAAAAUAGAGGGAAUAUAUCUCUUUCUUCUGUCUCUGAGUAUAUAGCUUCAUGUGACCCAAAUGUACCUGAUCUCUUCUGGGAAUCAGGUACAGAUACGAAUAACAAAGAGACAGUAAACUCAGGUUAUUGUUCUGAAGUUAGCUACAAGUCAGAGAAUUCACAAGAAGAGAAUUCUCUACUUAUCUUUGAAGGGCUGGAAGACUCUUACCUGAAGGAGCCCCAAGAGAAGAAAAUGUUGCUUGAUGUACAAGGAAAUUACAGGUCUGCUGCAGCCAGACGUGUACAAAGCCGACGCUCUUUUCACAGGCCAAAACCUCUGCAACACCCUAAGCUUCAGAAGCUAGCAUCUCUUCCAGCAUCUUGCCAUGUCCCUCCACAUUCUUUGGAACAAGAGGAAACACAGUUGUGAGCCAGGACUUACUUGAAAGAAGAAGAUGAGAGAGAAUCACUUGAACAAAGGGCUUCUGUAACAAUAGAGAGCAACCUAUUGGUUCAUAGGAUCUGCUCUAGAACAGAUGGAAAGGGAGUGGGGUCCUGUGAUGUCAGAAACACUGGAGCUUUUCUGCUGUACUUACAUUUUUGAGUUCUUAUUCAUAAUGUAAGGGUGCAUAGUGAGGGGGAAAUAUGACUCCUUGUUAUUUUUUCAUGUAGACUGUUACAAAUAAUCUAUUGUUUUUGGAGGGCUAAACCAAGAAUCUUUUCAAAUGGUAAAUCGUUGAUGGUUUUUUUACAUGGAAAUGGUUUAUUAUGCCAUUAUGCCAUAAAUACAUUUAAAGAACUAGACUGUAUUUGCUUCUUCAGUAAUGGAAUUAAAUAUUUAUGCUAUAUAAAAUUAAAGUAGGAGAAGCAAGUGGUUAACCUCUUCCGUGCUAAGUCUACUCUGAUUGAAAUUGAUUGGUGGCUUUUAUAAGUGCAAGCUAAAGAAAAACAUUUUCCUGCUCUUGAAUAUUUGUGUCACUGAGUAAUAGUGGGAUAUUGACUCUCGUGGAAAACUUUCCAGGGAAAGGAAAGUCCUGGCAUCUUGAAAUUUAAUCAAGUACUCCAGGAGGGCCAGUUCCUUCCUUCACCUUUAUUCCCUCAACUCAGUAGCACUGGAAUGAAAGAACACCCAGAAUUAACUCAGCAUUUUAAUUUGUGUUGUCACAAGUGAUUCAUUUCGUAUUCUUAAUUAAACUGCUCUAUUUUAAAUAGCCUCACUCAGAUAGGACUGUAAAUAUUUGUCAUUUUUACUGCUGCUUUGGAAGACACCUUCCAAAUACUUUUAGAUUAUUCUGUUAAUUUAUGUAUCACUUUCAAUAGCUGAUCAGGAUAAUGGUUUCUCAGAUGGUAUUCUGAGUUUUGCCACAUGGUUUAAGUGCCACAAUGACUCAGGAUGUUGACGGUUCAAAGUAUUGUACAGAAGCAUGUGCAUAUAUAUACCUACCUGUUUGUGCUAGGAACGUCCUUUAUUUUUUUGUGUGUGGUUUUCUGUUAAAUUGCUUAAGAUUGCACUAGACCCUUAUUGCAUAUGAAUUAGAUCUACAUCACCUUGAAGAUAGCUGGAGACAUCAGUGAAAGUCAACUCAGAUGAAGACUAGAUGAAAGUGAAAACUCUGAGACCUCUCAUAGAUGCGUAAUGCUACAUGCCAGCGUAUAGUCCUCUGACUUAUGUGUAUUUUGCCUUGGAAGAUUCCAGUCCUGAAAUUUUGGCUUGAAAUCUUCAGUGGUAUAAGUUGCAAAGGUUCUAUAACAGCAAUAGAAGGUGAGUGUUUGGCCAGUUCUGUGAUCCUAAUGUGUUCCUUAUUUCUGUUUUAUAUCCGUGUAAGCCAUUUGUAAAUGAACUAAGUCACCUUCAGGGUGAUAUCUGAUUUGUUUGAGAGUGGAUCCUGGACAGAGGCUUUUCUAGUAAAUUUUACUUUAUCUAUAGGAAUUAGUGAUUGUUUCACUCUGCCUGCCCAGAUUUUGAAUGGCUUCUAGAUGAUUCUGUGUCAGAUGUCAAAACAGAGGUUUACCCAGACACCCAAAAGGAGUGGAGAAAUAUGUGAAAACUCAUGUUCACAUCUUCUUUCUAUUUUUGUCCUCUUUGCUAAAAGAGGUUUGACUGGUGCACAUUGCAGAGAUGUGAUGGCAAAUGUCAUAUAUAAACCUAGACAGACACAAAACACACGUUUAGAGAUUAGAUACAGAGAAGUGGUUCUUUUGAUAUCAGCUCACAAGCAGCUGCCUGUUUGGCAGUCAUCUUGGGCAAUGGUGCAAAUCAAUUGGAAAGCUUCAUCACCCACAGCUAGUCUUGUUAUAAUUCAAUAACGUAAAUACAAUUUUUGUGAACUGAGUACGUAUGAACAUAUUAUUUUGGUGAAGUAGAGCAUAUUAAUACUGUUCCAGAUAUUACAAUUGGAACAAUUUUAGUAAUUGGCAUAUAUAACAGGACCAUUACCAACCCCAAAUAUUAGGACAGAUAAAGUGCAAUGUGCCAAAAUCUACCCUUCAGUCUUACAGCAUAAUGCUGAAGUACUAACACCAAAAUUGGCAAGAUGCUCAUCGGGUGUUGGUUUUGAAAUAAAACUUUCAUUUCUUAUUGCUUCUGUACAGAGGUCGUUGCUGUGCCGCAGUCAGGAAAAGAACCACACUGUGGACUGCCUCUUGCAUGCUUGUUAGAGGAUUCCCAAUCUAUUUGUGUACAGGCUACCUCAAGGAAACGUUUUUAAAUUGUCAUCAGCAGGUGGCAGUUUUCACCAGAUAAAUGUUGCACAGACAAGAGUAUGUAAUUUUGAAAAUCACAGGAUACACAUUUUUAUUGUUUUUGUAAUCUUUCAUGCUAAACAAGAAAGGAUCAAUAAACGCCACUAUAUUUACAAACACAGCAGCCUGUGAAAAGCCAGAAGGAUCCUGUAUGCUUUUGAGAGGGCUGUGGGUUGUAGGAGUUUUAUAAAACAAAGAGGAACAUCAUGCCAUUUUAAACAACAGAAAAGGAAAGACGUAUAUAAAGGGCUUACCUCUUCAUUUCCUUAGGCAUUUUCUCUGUGUUGCAUCACUAUAGUUAAACAGAUGAAGAAUAAAAUGGGCCAUUCUGACAGCAAAGAGACCUUCCACUGGAAUAUCUUGCAUAAUUUCUGAGGCUUUUAUGCCUCCCAAAGAGGGUUUCUAGUAGAAUUGUUUCUACAGCAAGGUUUUGUUUGGCAUAGUUCCUCAAUUUGAAAUGUGAUGAAAAAACUUUCAUGUCCCCAGUUUCCACAUUGAGAACAUACUCACAGCUAGAAUAUAAUGGAUUAUAGUUCUUGGAGUUUUUUCAGGGCAAUUGUUCCCAAUGUCUACCACAGUAUAUACAAAAAACAGGUUAUAAGUGUUCAUCAUCUAUUUCAAUUGUUUUUCCCAUACUCUUUGAUUGUACUUUUACAUUUCCUGUGGUAUAUGUACCUGUGGGUUCAAUUGUUUGGUUACUUCUUCAGCACACUUUAAUGAAUAAAGCACCACUAAUUUCUAUUACAGCAACAUAGAUUCAGAGCUGCUGAGGAUCUGGCUUUUUUGGUUUUUUACCCUUGUUUAUUAGAUUGGAAUAUCAGUUCACCUCUGGGGAGCCCAGUUAAUUUCUUGCUUCCCUAAAACUAUCUCUAAAUUUUUUUUGUGACAUUCACUGUCAAAGAAAGGCAAGCGGAACAUUCCACAGCUGAUAUUUAUUGAACAAGUAACUAUGGCCUACCUUGUUGCAAAACGAUGAAAUGAAGAAAUAUUUGAUGUUUCUUUUAUAUAUUUUACUCCAUGAACAGGGUUCUUUUUAAUGAUGUUUAUUAUGCUGCACUAUGACCUAGCAAUGUUAAAGAAAAACCCAGAAGUGUUGCCUGUAUUGAGAUGAAUUCUGUCUCUCUGAGCUGUGAACCUAGUUAUUGAAAUAUAUGAAGUUAUGUUUUACAAAUAUAUGGUCUAUUCAGAGAUUUAUGUAACAAAGGUUGCAAAAUAAUCACGUGCCUUAAACUGUCACUCGUUGGAGUGCUGUUGUUUGGACAUACUUGUAUGUACUUUCCAAAAGGUGUCAACUUACUGCAUAUAUUUUUAAAUGAGUAAAGAUGUUCUGCUAAUGUCUUUAUAGAGAUGUUUUAAUAGUAUAUCAUAAUGAGAAGUUUGACAAUAAAUUAUAUCACUUUGGUGGAAUCACACUCCUUUGGCAACUGAUUUAGAGAAUCAUUUAUUUAUUACAUUUAGAAAAGACUCCUCAUAUACAAGACUUCUGAGAAGUAUGCAUUUCUGCUCCCAAAUCAUAGUUAAAAAAGACAAUAGAGUGCUGA